CAGUAGCCGAGUAUUUCAAUCCUACUAUCUUCACAAAUCCCAUCGCAACUCAGAUCACAACAGCAGUGCUCGGUCCCCGUCCCAAGUGGACUUUCUGCUCGGCCAAUUCAGCCAUGCCGGGAGGAACCCCGACACGCCAACCGGUGCACUCCGACGCAGACUUCCAACACCCGGACCACCCAUUCGCGCUAGUCGUCAACGUUCCCCUGGUCACAAUGACACCGGAAAACGGCUCGACCGAGAUCUGGCUCGGAACCCACAAGCACGACGCAAACGUAGACGGGCAAGAGGGCGCGCACGGCGAGAGAGCCAGUGGUCGCAUACAGAACAGUCUUCUAGCCGAGCGCAAAGAGGUGUGUCCGCCAUCCCAGCCCGUCGUUCAGAAAGGCAGUGUCGUGAUACGAGAUCUGCGGCUCUGGCAUGCGGGUAUGCCGAAUCUGGCGCGCGAUGUCCGUGUUAUGCUUGCUAUGAUCCAUUUCGCGCCGUGGUAUAGGAAUCCCAUGCGUCUGCAGUUCUCCGAGGAUAUCAAGCCUGUGCUGGAAAGGCUGGAGAGUGAGGGUCGCUUGGGGUUGGAGGUCCCUGUGGAUUGGAUAAGUAGGGAGGAAGCGCUCAGGACGUACCUGAAUAGGGGCUUUGGAAACAGUUAUGAUUUCAACCAGGUGCCUUAAGUUGUUUAGUAUAGCGUUAUUCCUGAGUCUUUUAUACCAUGUUUGGACUAUUUGCUUAACUAAAUUGUUGGUAUGGAAAGGGGGGCAAUAUUGCCGACUUAUAUUGUAAC